AUGCUACGCUGCUUAGUCUACCCUACACCUAUUCAGCAUUCGCUAGCUGAGUGGAAAUUCGGAGAUCUCGAAGGAAGCAGGAUUUACGGAUGGAGCUUAUGGUGCGUUCUCAAAUUUUCAUCAGCUCUCCAGAGGAAGAGUUCAACAUCAACAGGUGUCCUCAUCGCCUAUCAUCCCCUGCCAUUACCCCAUGAAAAGCGUCGCAUCCCUGGUGGCCUUGAACAUCAUCUAUCCUAUGUUCUGUCGACAUGUUGGAUCCAAUUGAAUCAUGAAGCGCGGCCACUCCAGCGGUGA